UACCCCGAACCACCUCCACUACACCAACAGAAGGCUGAAUUGGCGAGAAGUUGGGGAUUCUAUCAUUUCACGAUGGUCAAAUCAACGCAAAUUGCCAGAAUUGAUGGCUUGAUGCUGGCGGCAUCAGUAGAUGAUGAACAUGCCGAAGUGGAGCUCUCUGAGAUCAAAUCUCAGGCUAAAAUGAUAUUUCGUCGAUUGAAUCGCAACUCAGCUCCGCAGGCUAGCAUUGAAUCCGGUCAAUUCAAUCUACACUAUCUCAUCCAAGAUGACAUCUGCUUCCUUUGCAUAUGCGAUCGCUCCUACCCGCGCAAGCUUGCCUUUACCUAUCUGGCCGAUCUCGCAACCGAAUUUACCACCACAUACUCCCCGUCACAAUACCAAUCCCCAACUCUGCGCCCAUACGCCUUCGUGGAAUUCGAUACAUUCAUUCAGCGUACCAAGAAGCUCUACCAGGAUAGUCGCGCAUCGCAGAAUCUCGACCGUUUGAACGAUGAGCUCCGAGAUGUGACGAAAGUGAUGACCAAGAACAUUGAGGACCUUCUAUACCGAGGUGAUAGCUUGGAGCGGAUGGGUGAGUUGUCGGGCCGUCUACGAGAAGACAGCAAGAAAUACAGAAAAGCCGCGGUGCGGAUCAACUGGGAGUUGUUGCUCAAACAGGUGAGUCCAUCGCAUCUGUAUAUAACGGCAGACUGUCGCUAAUCUGUCACAGUAUGGACCGCUCGCAGGUGUUGGGUUUAUCUUCCUUUUCCUCAUUUGGUGGCGCUUCUUUUAAUUGCGGACAAUGUGGCCCCGAAACUCGAUACCCGCCAAUUUGAAUGUAUGCAUAGAUAAUGUGGUGGUUGCGCACCUCCCCCCUGAGCCAGAACUUCAAUCGACUCUGAACAAGC